GUUGUCAGGCGUUGUCAGACGUUGCCAAGCGUUGUCAGGCGUUGCAGUAGGACUGCGGCUAUAAUCUCAUUCUUUUUUUGCUCUUUUUCAAAUCAUGUGAUCAUCCACGUCGUCUUACAGACUUCUUAUAAACGAUGUAAUCAUCACCCAAACCAUACCUGUCAAUGUGAUUCCAAUUGGUAAUUGUUAAUAGAUGAGUGAAGCAGCAAUGAAUAAACAACUCCGCGACGACACAGUAUUCAAUCAAGUUAAUUACUUUAUUACAAUCCCAGACAGACGUUUGAAACCGAUGAACUCUCUAUUAAUGGAGGUCCGUACAACGGUGAUGGAGCUAAUGAAGAGUAAGGAUCAGUUGUUCAAAGACAUGUUCCAAGAAGUAAAGUUUGCUGGGAGUUUCUACAAAAAAACGAGGGUGGGGAAGCCAACUGAAUUUGAUCUUGAUUUGAUUAUAAAGCUUCCGGUAAUCUAUGAGAAGAUCAGAUUUGAAGAAGGUCUUCCCGGAUAUGCAAGAAUAAGGCUUCCUCCAGACUCUCACAAACCCCUCUGGGAGACCCAUAGGAAGGUACUGGACAGAUGGAUUUCGGAGGAUGAACAUUACCUUAGUAAUGACAAAGUACGAAAAUGGUUUGAAGGCGUUAUCACAAAAUCGUUCUCGACGCUGAUGGAGGGCCAGGAAGGCUGGUUUAUUCUCCCUAUUGGGGAAACCCGUUCUGUGAAUAUAAAGGUACGCAAAAGUGGUCCAGCAUUCACGCUCCAGGUUGUUUACGAGGGUGGACAUCUCGAUUUGGAUUUGGUGCCAGCUCUGGAAUUCAAUUCCAGACCCAAUCUGAAGGUGUUCACACGAUUGCUGAAUGUUGAUCAGCCGUGGUAUCUGGUACCAAAACCAAUGAAGAUUGGGCAUAAUCCCCAAUUUAACUGGAGGUUCUCCUUCUUUUCAUAUGAGAAAUCAUUGUUGAGUAAAAACGGGAAAAUCAAGCCUGUUAUAAGACACCUGAAGAAAUUAAGAGAUUGCCAAAAUUGGUCUUCAGUCUUGGCCAGUUAUUACAUCGAGACAUUAGUUUAUCAUGAGUUACAUACAAGGGAAAUUGAUCUGAUCGGGUCUUCGAUGAGUUCUCUCCUCGUUCACAUGUUAAUCAAACUAAGUGAGGCAUGCGAGAAACAGUGUAUUCCAUACUACUGGGACUCAGAUUGCAACCUCCUUGCUGAGAAAACCAGUAAACAAUUGGUUCCUAUGGCGAACAGAAUUAAUAAAAUUAUCAAAGACAUUCAAGAAAAUCCAUCACAGAUGACCCAAUACUUCUUAACCUCUGAUGAACGAGAACUUUUUUUAACAAUUUCCAGUUGUGAUAUUUCCCGAUUGGAUUCCGGAUUUGUUCCAGUGCUGUCUGAGUCCUCAUCUGAAAUGAAAGAAGAAUCGCUUCUAAAUUUCCUCAAUCCCGAAAUACUAGGAACAUCAGAGAAUAUCCAAUCCAUGGAACCAAUAACCAUUCUCACUCAUACAGUUUCUGCUUUGACAGAUGAAAUUAAAACUCUCAAUUCGAAAUUUUCGGAAGAAAUUAAUGCUCUUCAAAGUACGAUUAAUUCAUUGAAAGGGCAGAUUGAAGCUAUGGCCGGAAUCAUAGGGAUCUUAGUUAGGCGAGAAAUGAAUGGAGUGAACGUGAUGACUCAGAGUUUAAUUUGACAAUUAGAAUUUUGUUGCAUCACCUCGAUUAUUUACUAUCACUUUUUCGGACUUAUGCCAGUUUUCCGUCUAAUAUAACAUGAUUUUUCAGAAUGGCUCUCUCGUUCUUUCUUCCGAAUGGAAGCUAUGUAAUUGCUAUUUUUUCAAUUUCUGUAUUUUUAUUGGAAAUACAUAAUCCCAUAAAAUGUCGA